AUGCAAAAGUUACGGUGUCCCUCGUCAAUUUCCUUUCAUCGAUACACCUCCCAGAGUCGCAAGUCCAUAAGCCUUGGAGCGGGUCUGUACCGGAUCUGUUGGCGUAGGGAAAGUGUGAAAGACAUCGCAACCACAACCACUUCAAGAGUGGAGGUUACCAAGCAAGCAAAAGCCUUCAAGAUACAAAAGUUACGAUCAGAUCAUCAACCAAUAAAAUCAUGCUAUGAUCGACAAGAUCAUCAAUCAAUAACUGAUAAAAUCAAACUUCCACUAACUCUUGACAUUGGAACAUUGUUAAUUGCAACGUUAUGGCGAAAAGGAUUUCUUGGCACCAAAGGAUCUGUCUCUAAAUACGCCUCCACGUUACUUUCAAAAUGGAGGGGACCCGAAAAACAACACUGGCUUGAGCUCGCAAAAAAAAAGCCAUUCAGCGUCACACGUACUUUAAUAGCGACACCUAAUAAACCCAUUAUUACGAAAGCAACAUAUGAUGAAUAUUCUGCACAUAUAAUUUUGCUAGACCGAGAUAUGCUUGAACGAUCUUAUAUCAUUGAAGUUCUGUCACCAAUUAUCCUCGCAUUUCACAAAGCGUUUCCUGAUGUAAAAUAUAUGUGGGUAGAGAAGGAUGUGAGAUCAAUCAAAGAAGCAAACACUAUGUUUAUGGAACUUUUGAAUGUUGAAGUUUCUGGACCUCCGUAUAGAUCCACAAAAAAGCAUACGGAUGCCAAAAAUGUUAAAACUUAUAGCAUUCAGGUUAUAGUAGAUCGACUUAUAUUGUUUGCUGUUUCUCUAGCAGACAAAAGAAAGUAUUUGGCUGUUGAAUUGGCCUCUUUUAUUCGAAAUGAAUUUGUGGAACAAGAAAAAUUACAAAGGAAAAUCCGUUCCUUUAUUUCAACUGAAAAUUGUUCGAAAAAUUUAAGAGAAUGGUUACAUCUACCGGAUGAUGACAUUUCACUUGCGACAGAAGAAGAUAUGGAUGAAAUCUUUCUGUGA